AUGAGUUCAGACGAUGAAAUUUUUCGUUUAUGGCAAAAAGCUAUUCCAAACGGCAAUUCGUUGCGAAAGCACCAUCGCAUUUGUGAACUUCAUUUUAAAAAAGAUGAAGUCGAGAAAGAAUUCAUCCACGUUCUUCCCGAUGGCAGUAGAUAUACAUUGCCAAAGGAUAAAUGUUCCCUAAAAAAAGGUUCGGUGCCGUCUAUUUUUCCAUUAAUUGAGAAAGAAACCAAUGCAGAAGAUCGACAACCAGUAUGCUGUGCUGUAGUCUCUGUAGAAGUUAAUUAUUUGCCGAAAGCAAUUGGUGCAUGCAUAAGAAAUGAAAUAGUUAAAAAAGCUGCAGAAAAUACGGAAUAUUUACGAAGUAUUAGCCAAGAGAAUGUAGUCCUUGAAAAUAACGGAAAUUCACGAAGUUAUGAGAUUACACUAGACAAAACGUUUAAAAGACAAUGUUUAGACGAAACUGCAAUUGAGCCUGCGAAAGAAUUAACGUAUAGCGCUGAAAUCAAUUUUACACCAACAAUUGCGGAUAGUUGUCGGCAACAUGGUACACUGCACGAUCUUGCUGGUACUUUACGUGAAUCGGAACCUCCUGCGGCGAAUGCACAGUUUCAAACAAUCUGUAAUGAUCUCAUCAAAAAUCCUCAAGCAAUUCCUUUACCUGCAACGUGGAUUCCACAGGUAAUAAGUACUGGACAACCAUGCAUAAUGUGGGCGGAAUGGAAAAAACAAUACAGUGGAAUAUAUAAACGUAUCAUCCUUUUUCCGGAUAUGAGUGUAAAAAUUUACAUCGAAGAAUGUCUUAUUUCUAUCGCCCAAAUCAACAAAGUGGAAGAUGUCGAUGAUAUUAAUGAAUUAAUAUCCUUUGUUGUUCAGACAGUGUUUCCUUGCCAGAAAAUUGACGGCAUAAAAGCACCGACUUGCCCUGGGUAUAUUGUAACGAAGAUUUCUGCACCUGGUCCAAAAUUAAGUACAUGCACGGAUUGCACAAUUCUACGACAGAAUCGAAAGAAGAUACUUACUGCUACUGAUCAGAUUCGCAAGCUUAGAGAAUUCCGCAGAAGGCGUACGUUCCAAAGUCGUAAUUAUAAAAGAAACAAAAAUAGAAUGAUAAAAAAGAUUGCUGAUCUGAAAGAUAAAGUGCAAAGUCUGAAAAGUAAAUGCGCUAUGGCAGAUGGGAAAGCAGUACAAAAAGCUUGUGAGUCGUUACCCGAAGGCCAACGGACUGCCGUGCAAGCAUGUCUUAACGCAUCAAAAGUAAAAGAUAAAAGAGGUAUUAGGUAUACAAACCAAUGGAUAUAUGAGUGCCUUCUAUUAAGAAUUAAGAGUCGAAAAACGUACAAUCAUUUACGCAAUCAUAAUAUAUUAGCGUUGCCAUCUUUACAAACAUUAAAUCGCUAUAUGAGAGUAAUAAAAAGUUCUUAUGGUGUCGAUGCAAAAACUUUGGAUGUUUUGAAGACAAAAGUCGAGUCCAUGGCUCAAUCAGAUGUACAUGGUAAGUUAUAUUUUAAUCACUGCAUGCGUGAAUAUGUAAUGAAACCUCUGUGCUUAGGCUCUAACAGAGUAACAGUUUCAAUGUCUUUACGAUCGUUAUCGGCGGCUAUAAUUAUUUGCUGCUUUUUAUGUAUUUAAAGUCGCUA